UUACGAAGAUGGCGCCGAAGGCGAAGAAGGAAGCCCCUGCCCCUCCCAAAGCUGAAGCCAAAGCAAAGGCGUUGAAGGCCAAGAAGGCAGUGCUGAAAGGCGUCCACAGCCACAAAAAAAAGAAAAUCCACACGUCAUCCACCUUCCGGCGGCCCAAGACUCUGAGGCUCCGGAGGCAGCCCAAAUAUCCUCGGAAGAGCGACCCCAGGAGAAACAAGCUUGACCACUAUGCCAUCAUCAAGUUCCCUCUGACUAUUGAGUCAGCCGUGAAGAAGAUUGAAGAUAAUAAUACACUUGUGUUCAUUGUGGAUGUCAAGGCCAACAAGCACCAGAUCAAACAGGCUGUGAAGAAGCUCUAUGACAUUGACGUAGCCAAGGGCAACACCUUAAUCAGGCCCGAUGGAGAAAAGAAGGCAUAUGUUCGACUGGCUCCUGACUAUGAUGCUUUGGAUGUUGCCAACAAAAUUGGGAUCAUCUAAACGGAGUUCAGCUAGCUAAUUCUA